GCAGCGAUCGGCGGGAGCUCCGCCCGCCCUGGGGAUAGGGGCGGGGAUAGAACGCGGCGCGCGGGCGCCGUACGUGCCGGCCGCGCGGUGAUUGGCGGAGCCGGGCGGUGACCGGGGGCGGCGCUGGCGGCGGCGCUGGCGGGAGAUUGCAGCAUGGCGGCGGUGGCGGCGCCUGUCUCUGCGGGGGAGUCGCUGUGGCCGGAGGGCUCGGGCGCCGAGGGCGGGUUCGUGCGCGCGGUGCUGGCGCUGCCCGACAAGCCCGACACCACCGUGCGCUUCUUCGAGCGCGGCGAGCACUACACGGUGCACGGCGGGGACGCGCUGCUGGCCGCCCGCGAGCUCUUCCGCACCCGCGGCGUCAUCCGGCUGCUGGCGGGGGGCCCAGGAAAUCAGAAACUCGAGAGUGUUGUGCUUAGUAAAAUGAACUUUGAAUCUUUUCUGAGAGAUUUACUUCUGGUUCGUCAGUACAGAGUUGAAAUUUACAAGAACAAAGCAGGAAGUAAAUCUACCAAAGAGAAUGACUGGUAUUUGGCAUACAAGGGUUCUCCAGGUAACCUUGCCCAGUUUGAAGAAAUUCUCUUUGGCAAUAAUGACAUGUCGACUGCCAUUGGUGUUGUGGGUGUUAAGCUGUAUACUGCUGAUGGACAAAGAAUAGUUGGAGUUGGGUAUGUUGACACUACGCUCAGGAAGCUGGGUGUCUGUGAGUUUCCAGAUAACGAUCAGUUCUCAAACCUUGAAGCUCUGCUGGUUCAAAUUGGACCUAAGGAAUGUGUGCUACCAGGAGGAGAGACUUCUGGAGAUAUGGGAAAACUGCGACACAUCAUUCAAAGAGGAGGAAUCAUGAUUACAGACCGAAAAAAGGCUGAAUUCACAACAAAAGAUAUUGUGCAGGAUCUCAACCGCUUGCUAAAAUCAAAAAAGGAAGAGCAAGUGACUAGUGCAACAUUACCAGAGAUAGAAAAACAGGUUGCGAUUUCAUCCUUGUCGGCCGUUAUCAAGUAUUUAGAGCUCUUGUUGGAUGAAUCUAACUUUGGACAAUUUGAAUUGACUAGCUUUGACCUCAGUCAAUAUAUGAUACUGGAUAAUGCAGCUGUUCGAGCCCUUAACCUUUUCCAGAGUUCUGUUGAAAAUGCCAACAGUACACAAUCAUUGGUUGGGUUAUUAAAUAAGUGCAAAACUCCUCAAGGACAAAGACUGGUUAAUCAGUGGAUCAAACAGCCACUUACGGACAAGAACAGAAUAGAAGAAAGGUUAAAUUUGGUUGAGGCCUUUGUGGUAGACACAGAGCUACGGCAGUGCCUUCAAGAAGAGCUUCUACGUCGUUUUCCAGAUCUCAACCGGCUAGCCAAGAAAUUUCAAAGACAAGUAGCAACCCUGCAGGACUGUUACCGAAUGUAUCAAGCUAUUAACCAACUACCUAAUGUUGUACAAGCACUGGAAAAACAUGAAGGAGCACACCAGAUGUUGUUGCUGGCAGUAUUUGUAAUGCCUCUCAACGAUCUCAACUCUGACUUCUCCAAGUUUCAGGAAAUGAUAGAAACAACUUUAGACAUGAACAAGGUGGAAAAUCAUGAAUUCCUUGUGAAGGCUUCUUUUGAUCCUAAUCUGACAGAGUUGAGAGAGAAGAUGAACAAACUAGAGGAGAGCAUGCAGUCUCUUCUAAAGACUGCAGCCAGAGAACUAGGCUUGGAAGCUGGCAAGAACAUCAAACUGGACUCCAAUUCACAGUUAGGACAUUACUUCCGAAUUACCUGCCGGGAAGAAAAAGUUCUCCGGAACAACGCAAAAUAUAAGAUCUUAGAUACCCAGAAGAAUGGUGUGAAAUUCACAAACAGUAAAUUGAGCUCCUUCAAUGAAGACUACGUAAGAAGCAGAGAAGAGUAUGAAGAGGCUCAGGAAGCCAUUGUUAAAGAAAUCAUUAAUAUUGCUUCAGGAUAUGUAGAGCCAAUACAGACAAUGAAUGAUGUGAUAGCUCAGUUAGAUGCUGUCGUCAGUUUUGCUCAUGUAUCAAAUGGAGCACCUGUGCCAUACGUACGUCCGGUCAUUCUGGAAAAGGGACAAGGAAGAAUUGUGUUGAAAGGUUCCAGACACCCUUGCAUUGAAGUUCAAGAUGACAUAGCAUUCAUCCCCAAUGAUGUUAACUUUGAGAAGGGCAAGCAGAUGUUCCAUAUUAUUACUGGUCCUAACAUGGGAGGGAAAUCAACAUACAUUCGCCAGGCUGGAGUGAUAGUUCUUAUGGCCCAAAUUGGGUGCUUUGUACCAUGUGACUCAGCAGAAGUGACUAUUGUGGAUUGUAUCCUGGCUCGGGUAGGAGCAGGAGACAGUCAGUUGAAAGGUGUCUCAACUUUCAUGGCGGAAAUGUUAGAAACUGCUUCAAUUCUUCGGACAGCAUCUGAAAAUUCCUUAAUAAUCAUUGACGAGUUGGGAAGAGGAACUUCAACAUAUGAUGGAUUUGGGUUGGCAUGGGCUAUUUCAGAAUAUAUCGCCAGCAAAAUUUGUGCCUUCUGUAUGUUUGCCACACAUUUCCAUGAACUGACAGCACUUGCUAACCAAGUGCCAACUGUGAAUAAUUUACAUGUUACAGCACUAACCACUGAUGAGAUGCUGACUAUGCUUUAUCGUGUCAAGAAAGGUGUCUGUGAUCAGAGUUUUGGAAUACAUGUAGCAGAGCUUGCUGCUUUUCCAAAGCAUGUCAUAGAGAGUGCAAAAGAGAAGGCUCUGGAGCUAGAGGAGUUCCAAACUAUUGGAAAACCUGAGGAAUCUGAAGGAGAACCAGCAGCUAAGAGAUGCUACAGAGAAAAAGAGGAAGGUGAAAAAAUAAUUCAGGAAUUCCUUUGUAAAGUGAAAGCAUUGCCCUUGAGAGACAUGUCAGAGGAAGACAUCAGAACCAAACUGAAACAACUGAAAGCUGAAGUGUUGGCAAAGAACAACGGUUUUGUGAAUGAAAUUGUUUCCCGAACAAAAGUUACUCCAUGAAAAAAGCUAAAAUGACACUGCUUGAAUUGUUUUAAGCCACAAGAGCUAUCAUUUUCUUGUCUUGUAUGUUUUAUGCUUUGUGAGGUUUUGUACUCACUACUGAAGCAACGCUUUCUCUUGACUUGUAAUUACUUUUUAAAAUGAGUACCUAUUGUACCUGCGUAAUAGUUUAGUUACUGCUAUUUUCAAUAAAAUCAUUUCUCGAAUAUCA